AUGAAUGAGUUCUACAACGUUUGCGUAAAGUGUGAAGCCUGGUUUGACGAUAUGACGUGGCUUCUAUCUAUUAAGUGGGUGAACAUGCUAGAUACACCGGAGCUAUUUGAUGAAGAGACAGACUCAGAUCAGUUGCUUCCUUCAGAGGCGGGGGCAAAAUACGAAGAACUGGCCAAGGGCACUACAAAUAUUCUACGCGGUACCUGUCUGGCCUCUGAAUUCAGACUAACUAGUGGUGAAUGCUCGAUCAAGGUGGAUAAUAUGGUGGGGAGUUUGGCUCGGGAUAGAAUGCUGAACGACCUCAUCAUUAAUUUCUGCAUUCGCUACAUCUGCAGUACGCUGGGUGACUGCUACGCUAUGAGUUCGUUCGCACCAACUAUGGGAUGGCCCAACCCACCAAAGACACGGAUAUCGACAUUUCACUAUGUUGUUCUACCUGUUCAUCUGAGUGGUUUCACUGGAGAAUUAUCAUCACUAGACUUGCUUAUAAGCAAGAACAGCCUUGCAUCACGCCAUAUUACAACAACCCGUUGUGCGGCAAAGACUAUCGACCUACAAUGGAAGUUAUUUAUCUGA